GGCUCAGGACCUGUGAUUCAGAGAGCCGGGACCUGCGGGAGUCUGCUGGUGCCCCACACUCGGACCCGAGAUGACAGCCAGCAAGCGAGUAGCGAAGGAGUUGGAGGAUCUUUUGGAACAACUUCCACCGUACCUGCGGGACCUGUCUGGCAAUGAUGACAACGUACUGGUGUGGAACAUGCUCAUGUUGCCUGACCAACCUCCCUAUAACCUCAAGGCUUUCCGUCUGCGGAUCGAUUUCCCCAGGGAGUAUCCAUUAAAGCCUCCCACUUUGAAAUUCAUCACCAAGAUCUACCACCCCAAUGUCAGCGAGGAUGGGCUGGUGUGUCUGCCCCUCAUCAGCAUCAGGAAUUGGAAGCCUUACACUAAGACCUACCAAGUCUUGGAGGCCCUCAUUGUGUUGGUGGGUAAACCCAAUCCAGAAGAGCCUGUGCGGUUGGACCUUGCCGAGCUCCUGACCCAGAACCCAGAGAUGUUCAAGAGAAACGCAGAAGAGUUUACCCUUAAGUUUGGAGAGGACAGGCCCUCUUAGCUCUCCUUCUCAGGCCUCUCUGCCUAGAUCUUCUGCUUAGUGGGUGUGUAUCAGGACUGGCACCAGAGGCCCAUCCUCUGAUCACAAUGAAUAAAUGUGCCUAGUGUGUGUGUGUGGGGGGGGAGGCCUGUGUGGGGUGUGCUCCUUCCCCAAGUCAUUUGGUGAUAGAGGUGCCAUUCCCACACGCUUGGCUGCUCCCAAAGCCAGUGCAAGUUAGGUCCGCACAGUUUCGGGCCUGCUUUCCCAUUCUCCAUCUGGCAGAAACCUGAAUGCCUCAGGGCCCAGGCACCAAGGAAGAAGGAAGACAGGACCAUGGCUAGAAGGCUGGGCACACAGAAGGAGCCAAAUUCACUGCUGAGUGAUUGGAAUCAGCCAUGCUUGUUCUAGGCAUGCCCCGACUUAAGUGUUAAUCAUUUUGUUUUUGCGCUGGUGAAUCUCAAAAUGAAGAAUUUAAACUCCAUCCAGGAAUCAGACUUCAGG